UUCCCCCUCACCCCUACCGCUGACGAAAAGGAUAUUUAUUUGGCAAAGUAUUUAUUUGUCUUCAAAUUAUUAUUCAGUUUCUUCUGCCCGUUACUGACCUACCGAAUAAUAGUAAUGUUAACGUAAAAGGUGCUGUAAUAGUAUGUAGAGUACAUCACCAAAUACAAAUGCCUUUGUUCUCAACGUAAGAUUUUUAAUACGAACGCAAUGAUAGGGAGUAGAACGUUUUAGCGAUUGUGUUAAGCCUAAAGACGUACUGAAUGGGCUCUAUUGAUCUGUUGCGUGUUUCACUAUAUAUUUCAGUUAUUGCUGAUUGAAUUUUUGCUGUGGAUCACAACAUUGUAUCAAGAUACUAUGAUAUUGAACCUUUGUGUAAGGUAACACGUGUCCUUCGAGUUCUGUUCUGCCACGGAAUUUUAUAAUGAGAGGCGACCUUGGGUGGUCAGAUAGACGACUGUUUAAAAUGGCUUUUUAUUUUUAUGCAUGGAAUACAAAUUGGUACAUAAUGGUACAUAGCAUAUUGAAGGCAAUCAAAAUAAUUUCUUAAGCAUCUGCUGCAUUAUAAUGGAUCUAGAUUCAGAAAACUGCUCUGUAUGCUAGUAAUUGUGACUUCGUUAUUGUUUAUUUGAAGAAAAAAAAUGUUAAAAGAGAAGUUUUUCUUUAAAAACUUGUGAAAUGGAAAGAUAUGGAGAUGUUAUGACAGAAUUUAAAAGCUGUGAAUCGGAAAACUAUUCACAUAGCCGAACUUUUGGUAAAAAAGGAAAUUCCAAAAUGUGUAAAGAUGAUAUGUCUAAACCAUUGUUUUGUAGUGUAAGUGAUUGUGUGACUGAGGAAGUGAUUAUGGAAGUGAGGCCUGAUGUCCCAAAAAAAUGUAUUGAAUUUGAUUGUAACAGCCAGUCUGCAGAAAAUGGUUAUACAAGUAAUGCUGAGAAUUUUUUAUCUGCUAUUAAAAGCAAAGCAGAAGAGGUAAUAAAUGACUGUAUUUUACCUUGGGAAAAGUCUAAUAAUUUUUCCCCAAAUAAGAAAGAUACUGCACAGAAAUUAAUUACGCAUGAUACCUUUGUCAAUGGAAGUAAAAUAUUAAAAUCUAAUGUAGCUGGAGUUGAAUCUGAUUCUAUAAAUUCUAAAUUUUCUGAUAUUAGUCAGAAUAUUAGCUCUGAUAGUUUAGUCCCUGAUUAUGAAGCUGAUAUAAGCUCAUCUAGUGUUGAAAUAUUAGCCCCUCUAACAAGUACUCCUGUAGCAAAUAAAAGAAACUUUGUUAAUCAUAUAUAUAAUACAGAAGCUAAAUUUGAUGAAAAUAUUAUAAUAAAAUCUGAAAAACUGGAUUCUGAUCAUGAAGAAACUGGUUUGCAGAAACCUUAUCAUUCAGAGAAUUUUAAUAAAGGAACACCAUCCUGUAAAAAUAGUGUAGAGUCAAAUUCAAAUGUAGAUUGGAAUAUGCCUGAGCUAAUCCCUACUAUUUGUCUGGAUAAUGAUGAUUCUGUUCCAGAAACAGAAGAUAAAAACUGUAAAGUAAUUGAUGUAGCUGACUCGCCUGAAAUGCCAACUCUUGUUCCAUUUGAAGCAGAAGAAUCCUUUCAAAUAAAAGUAGAGUGUCCUGAUAUUGAAGAAAAAUAUGGGUCUAAAGAUGCUGAUUCUCAUGAUUCUGCUACUGAUAUUCGUCAACCUCAAAUUGUAUUACAAAGAAUUUCAGUAGAUCGUUGUCCUAUUCCAUGUUUUGAGCCAAGGAGAAGUUCUAUCAGUGAACAGUUAAACGUAGCUGAAACUAAGAAAAUGUCCAUUGAAGGCCCUGAAAUUGAAGAAAUCGAAGGUGUUCGAUUUUUCCAGUUUCGUUCAAAGCAGGAAAUGGAGGAAUUUAAUCGAAUGCCAGAAGCAGCAGAAAUUGAUCUUGACAUGAUUGUACCAACAAAAACUACUGAUAUAACUCAGAUUAAGGGUUGGCGUAAUAAAUAUUUUGCACCUGAAACUCAAUUUCAGUCAUUUACUAACUGUAAUAGUAUAAAAACUGAUGAUUCUAGCCAAGAUUCUAGCAAUUUAAUUUUGACUUUGAAUGAGCAAAAUAAGGAAGAAAAAGCAUUUAAGUUGAAUGAGGAACAAAAAAAUUCUAAUGAAUUUCGUAUACAACAUUCAGAAAAUGAUUUGAAAGUAACUUCUGAGGCUAAAUUAAAUGACGAUGCUGUAAAGGCUAUACCAGUUUCAUCAAAAGAGGAAAAUUCUGAUAUAAAAUGCCUCACUGACAAGAAUAAUGAAAAAUUUUCACUUAAAAAGAAUGAUGAAAAAUGUUCACUUAAAAAGAUGGAUGAAAAAUAUUCACCUGAAAAGAACCCUAUGUCUGCUUUUGUGAGUGCAGAGUUAGAUUCAUAUUUGCUUAAUUCUUCUGUAUUGAAUGUUAGUUUACUUCAGAAGGUGAACCCUAAUAUUAUUCCUAUUCCACCUGAUGCAUCCAUUUUAUCACUUGGAAAACUGAGAAAAACUGAUAGAGUUAUACAGCCAAAGAAAAAUCAUGUUUUUAAAGAUAGAGAAGAUAAUUUAAAUUCAGGUGAUUGUGUUAUAACUUUAGGUGAUUCACCAGCACCUAUAAUAACAAUAGGAUCAUCAGAUGAGGAUUCUACUGAUGAUGAUAUACCUGUUGCCAAAUUGUCAGGGAUGAAAAGAAUCAGAUCAAGUGAUGUGAAACCUGUAUCAAAUAAAUGUGUAAAAAAGAAAAAAAUUGGUGAUAUUGAGUCCUGUCGCGUAUCGCCAAGAGUUGUUUUGCGGUUGAAGAAAGAAAACAUUGGUAGUUCAGAGGGUUAUAAGGUGUCAAAUAUUUCAUGCAAAAAGCUGAGGGUAGAGCAGUCACGUACAACAUCAUCAUCGUCGUCAUCUUCAUCUUCAGAGAGUGAAGAAGAAAUGCCAGAAUCAUUUAAAAUGUCACAUGAUGGAUCCUUACCAGUUAUAAAGAAAACAUUGUUUUUGAAAGAUGAUGAACCUCACCUCUUGGAAGAAUUUUUGAAUAAUCUGAAUAUGUAUGGUACAAGAAAAGAUGUUGCCAUGUUAGUGCAGUCAAACCAGUCAUACUUUGAUAAAGGUCCUGCAUUGUCUGCUAACCGUACUUAUAAAGCUGUAGCUGCUCUUGUAUCGAAUGAGCUAUUUGCAAAAUUAAAAUUUAAGCAGAAAGUCAAGAAAAAGGUGAAAUCAUGGGAAAAGUAUCUUCCUAAAAUUUCAAUGUCCAGCAAAGUACAAAAAACUACUAUGUCCAGAUUGAAAAGCAAGCUAAAGUCUUCUCAGGUUGUUGAUAAUGCAUUGCCACCUGAACGAGGUAAACGCUCCAUCAGACUUCCUGCUCGUUAUUUAGAUUCAGCCGUUCUUGCUGCUGGCACGGAAUGGGUGUCACCAGUUCUUGUACCAGAAGGAAAUGUCACGAAGAAAAGUCGAAAGAUAUCAUCUGAAACAGUGGAGGAAAAAAGCAUUCCAGAAAAUACAAAGGAUUCUGUAUCAUGCACUGAAAAAAGUACAUCUGAAGAAGAAGAAAGUUCGUCUGAUGAAGCAGUUGAUACAUCUGAUGAUUUAUCUGAUGCUACAGUGGAACAUAUUAAAGAAGAAUGCUUGAAGAAAUUUGAGCAGAAAUCUGAGUCUUCUGAAAUGUCAAAUAUGAAAAAUCGUACUUUUGAUAAAACUAAAGUUAAUGAAUCUGUUUCAAAUACUGAUGAAGAUCAGAAUCUGCUAUCAGAUACUGUAAAUCCCUUUCCUAUAUGUUCCUGUUUACCCUGUUCGAGAACAGUUGUAUAUCAAAAAAGUAAAAAAGACUUCAUAUGCUCAUGUAAAAUUACUAAAGAUAAAAUGAUUUCUUUAGAUGAAAGCAGUAAGGAGAACAACACGAGUACGUUGACAAGUAAUUCUUUGCAAUCUGUAUCAGAGUUACCAGAUUCAAAAAUCAGUGUUCAGGAAGAAUUGCCCAAUCUUAAACCUGUCAGUUCAUCAGAAGAAACAAAUAAGUGUUCUGAUGCACCUGGAUAUAUUAAUGUGGCAUCUGUAAAGAAAUCAGGUGACACAUUAAGUAAUAUACUUUCAAAUAGUGUAACAGUUCAGUCAAAACCUUAUGAAUCUGUAAAUCAAAAUGCUUCUGUAUCAAAAUCUAUGAUAUAUGUCACUAAUUUAGGAUUAACAAAUUCCUUAGGCACUAUAAAACAGCCUUUUGCUGUUGCACCAAAUGAUUCUUUGGCCUCAUUAUCUACUGCAAAUUCUGUGAGCUAUGUUAAUAACAACAUGCCCUCAUAUCCAAUUCAUAAGAUUUUCAAUCCAUUGGAAGAGAAUUCUAGUGGUGCAUUAGUCAGUGUUCCAGUUUCAAAUAUGUCAGAUAAGCUUAUAUUUCUAGUUCCAGUCAAGGCUACUACAAAUAUUAGUAAAACUGGACAGAGCUCACAUGUUCCUUUACUUCCUAAGAUGCCUGCAGAGACAUUUGAGAAGGCACCAGUUUCAUCUACCAAUGGCCCCAAAGGCAAAUUGCCCAUUCUUAUUCGGAAAGUAACAUCUGAUAAAGUUCCUAAUGCUUCUGCUGUAGAACUAGGAACUGGUUUAAAUUUUUUAAAUUGUAAUCCAGUAAAUUCUGGGAAAAUGUCUUUUGUACCUACUCUUUCUCAUCCCAAUACUUCAAAAAAUACACCAAGCUCUAGUCCUGUGACUUUCAAAUUGCCAAAAACUGUUGAAAAUACAGAAAGUAAUUUUCUAAUACAAAAUGGAUUACCUAAAUUACCGACUUCGUUUUCUGCUGUAUUAAAUAGCACAAUAACGACUGAUAAAACUCCACAUAUUUUAAAUAGCUGUAAUACUUCAGUAACAUUGCCCAGUCCUCUCCAACAAGUAAAUCCUCAAGGACUGCAAGUUAAAGCAUAUAAAGUAGGUGACAAGUAUUUUAUAUGUCCGUCUGUCAUGCCAGCUAAAGAAUUGAGGCCUAAAUCUAGUACAGUUAAUAAUUCUACAAUUAUUGCUACUAAUGCAGCCAAUCAGAAAACUUUACCAUCUGUUUCACCUCAGGUUUUACCCUUUAAUAAUAUAAAUAAAGAAAACUGUAAAAGCCAGUAUCAAAUUCUUCAAAAUGGUUUAGCAAAACAGUGUAUUAUAGGUAACCAAGAUUCAAAUGAAAGUUGUUUGUCUUCAUCUUGUGAUCAACUGAAAGAUGCCCAGACUGAUGCAAGUAUGCCUAAGACAAGUAGUUCAGAGUCAUUGUCCAAUUGUCCAUUAGCAGCAACUGAUUGUCAUAACUAUUAUAAGACACAAAAAUACUGUAAAAGAAAACUUCAUCCUUGUAAUGAUGUGAAGGAAAAUUUAGAUAUGGACAUAGACAUCGAAACUGUAGAUGACAGUUUUGAUGGCUUAUCAGAAUUGCGUAAAACUUCGGAAAUUUUAAGUGAGUCUGACAUUUCAGAUAAUGAAUGUGAAAGCAUGUACAGCUCAAACUUAGAUCCAUUUGCAAUCAAUUUGCAAGUGAAAAGUUUAAAAGAAAGAAAGCGCCGUUUGCAAAUUCGAUGUGCCUUUGAAAAACUAAAACACUCUUCAAAAUCAUUCAAGAAUGCAAAUACUUGCAUGGAAAUUUUGGCAGUGGCAUGCCUCGUAACUAAAAGAGCCACUAAACAAGAAAAAAAACUUAUGUGCAUCAAAAAAUGGGAACAACUUCGUAAUGCAAAAUUGUUGAAGAAAUUGAAACAAACUAUUAAUGCAUUCAAGAGCUGUGAGUCUAAAGAAAGGGAUAUCUUCUUAGAGGAAAGGAAAACUGGUUCGUAUUUGUGUUAAACAUGGGAAAAACCCACCAAAAUGGUCAAGCAACCAGCCCAGAUUGGCUGGGAUUGGAACCUGGGCGAUCAACGACUUUACCACUCGGCCUUUGCUGGGUAACCAAAAAUACGAGCGUAUUUUGUUUGCGGGAAAAAGUCAUUGUCAUGAAGUCUUCAUCUUAGCUCUUUCAUUAUGUCAAACUUUACGUUUUAUCUCCAAAAGUUAUGCCGAAAUUCUAUCUCACUUUCAAAAAUUUUUAAGCAAAAUUUAAAUCACUAAACACUGCACCUUUUUGCUAAACUUUUCAGCUGGUAUGUGUAACAUAAUUAUUGGACAAUAACUUGCAGUGCUGAUACAAUAUAUAAAAGUGCUGAUAUAAUGCUGCU